AACUUUAUUUUGUGUGUUAAGUGGAGAGAAUAAAAUAAGAGAAGAGAAUAAAGUAGAUAUAAAAGUGUUUCCAUUUUUAAUACCUAGUCAUCUUGGUUGGGACAAAUAAAAAAGAAAACGAGUUAUCUUCGAUGGAACGAAGGGGGUACUUUUAGAUGUACUAUUUGAAUUCAAUCCAACCCGAAAAUGUGUCAACGCAAUAAGAACAUGAAUCAAAUAAAGCUUUAUCGAAAUUUAUUAUUUUCGUACGUGUUUAUAUUAGAUUUUCGUAUUGCGUCGAAAACUACGAACUCUCUCUAGUUAGUUUGAAAUCCAACUAUUACAUCUCAACCUAAAAAGUGAGUGAAAAACAGCAUAUCUCAUAGCUCGACAUAGAAAUUUAGGAUUAGCUCCACGUAUUGUGAGUAUGAAAAAAAUUAGGCUAAUUGACCGAACCGCAAACAUUCCAAUAUCUAUCUGUAAUCAAAAUCUAAAAUAUAUUUAAAUUAUGAAUAAUGAAGUAAUUUGAAGACCAAAUCAAAGUGUGUGAGAUGCAACACGAAAGGCAAUGGGAGGCUUUACCGAGCUUAGCUCUGGCCCACAUAUUCCUCAAAAUCCCCAUCACAGACCGAUCUCGCUCCAUUCCUUUCGUCUGCAGAUCAUGGGCCCGCGCCGCCCUCCAUCCGCCCUGCUGGGCUUCCAUGAUUGCCGACACCCACUCUCCGCCGCCGCACCAUUCCACCGCCGAUCAAGCUUUCGUCAUCUACUCCCGCCCUGACCCCUUAUUUUUUGUCGACCCUUUUGAUGGCAGGAGAAAUCCAGAUCCCCGCCGCGGCGUUUUCAGCUUCCAAUCAUUGAUCCGACGAGCUGCCUCCGCCGAUGUCAAUUCUAUCUAUUUCUUCCCGUUCCUCACCGCCGCCGGUGGCUCUCCCAAUGAUGACGCCAUUCUUCGCAUUAUCGCCCAAAGCUGCCCAAAUUUGAAGCACCUCUCCUUCCAUGGAUCCCACAAUGCAUCUCAAGAAGCACUAUUAGAAGUGAUCCACACCUGCAACAAACUCGAGCUGGUGGAUUUCUCGGAUUCGCCAUAUUUCGAGCCUACCAUCUUGCAAGAACUGAGCAAAUGCUGUCCUAAAAUCAGAGGGAUCAGAAGGAAUGGAGGAUUGGAGCCCUUAUUUUCAAGCGAACUUAGUGUUGGAUUCCCUUUUUUGAGCAUGCUAAACGUGUCGAAUUCAACUCUGGUUGAUAAAGAUCUGCUCAGAAUCGUUGAUGGCUGCAAGAAGCUGAGGUAUCUGGAUGUUAGGGGGUGCCAGUUCUUGGUAUUUUACAUGCAUAUCAUAAAGGUGGCUUCUGCAAGAAUAGGUAGCAUUAUGUAUGAUUGAUUAAGGCCUAUGAUAUGUUAAAUUAGGAAUAUGAAGAGUGAUUGAGGUGUGUGUGGUGUUGGUGUGGGUGCUUUUCCACUUUCUUGUUGAUGAUUUGUGAGUUGCGCUGUUGAGUAUGGUGUAUGAAGAUUGAGAUUAAGAUAUGUGUUUAUGUUGGUGGUGAGAAUGAAUCAUGUUCAAUGGUGGUCGGUCGUUUCGUUCCGAUUUA